UCUGCACCUGCACCGCAAGACUAGUCCUAUAGAAAAAAAUCAAAUACAUCUUAUCUUAUCUUUAUUUUUGUCUAUUCUAGGUGUGUUUUUACCUUGGAUAAAAAUAAACGCAUGAAUAUUUGAUUUCUAACUUUUUAAAAACAUCUAAACGAACAUUGAAAAGUAGUUCGUGGUUUCUGAUAAUUAUUAUUAUUAUAUUCCAGAAUUAGAUUCUAGUCCAUGUGGUAUUUUGUGAUAAUAUUUUACUGCUACAAAGCUAUUAAUGUUAGUAUAUCGCCGGGGAGGCAAUAAAAAUUGUUGUUUCAAAGUGUAAUCAAGUUUAGUGUAGAACAACCGGACAAUAAUGUUCAUUCUCUCUCAACAUUUGUAAAUAUAAAUAUAGUUAUUCAUUGAAGAGGUGCUGAGGAUGAAAAACGUGACAAGCAAUAGAUUAUAAGAUAUAUAGAGAAGACAAUUAUGAAGAUAAUAUCAUAUUAUUUGCGAAGGCUCAUAAUUGCAGCAUUUAUUGUUGUGUGUAUCUACUGUAUCGCUCAAGUCUUUAGAUCCGAGUUGAAAUUUAAUGAUGAAGAUUCAAGUCAGUUGGGAAAGCUUAUGCGUAUCUCACAAAUGAUCAACGAUGCCAAACAGCAAGUAUCAUAUACAGGAAAUGGAUCACCGGCAUGUACAUUUCCAGAACUCGAUAUUUUAAAUCCAGAAAUAAUGAAGUUUAUUAAGGAUGUCAAACCCUUGGAUUGUAAAAUGGAAGAUUGGGUCACUGUGGAGGGAUCAAAGUUGAAAAUUUCAAAUAAAAUCAAAACUCGUUAUGGAGAAAUAACUUGCGCUUUUAAAGAAAUUAUCAGAAAGAAUGAUUUCGAAGUUAGUUUAACGGAUGCAGUUGAAUCAAAUGAUGUUUAUAUUUUAAAAGAAAGUGAUUUUGCGGACGUUAAAUGUGAAUCGCAGACUGGAAAACAAUGGCACAGCGUAUUGGCAGGUGUAAAACAAGAUCCCUCAGUGAAAACUGAUUAUACUUGGGAUAAAGUUCCAGAAAAGGGUCUUAAAUUAAAUGUUCUUAUGUUUGGAUUUGAUUCAUUGUCACGUAACACAUUUAUUCGCAAAUUACCAAAGUCGUAUCGUUAUUUAAAAACAAAUUUAAAUUCUCUUAUAUUAGAAGGCUAUAAUAUUGUCGGUGAUGGAACACCUCAAGCUUUAAUUCCAAUUCUUACUGGAAAAAUUGAACUCGAAUUGCCAGAAACAAGAAAACGAAUGGGAUCAAAAGCAAAUUUUGUUGACGUUUAUCCACUUAUUUGGAAAAAAUACAAAGACAGCGGUUACAUCACUGGUUUCAUGGAAGAUGUUCAUCAUAUUGGAACGUUCACAUAUCGCCUUAAAGGAUUUAAACAACAACCAACGGAUCAUUAUAUGAGAACUUUCUAUUUGUCUGCUUCUCCACUUUUUAAAUAUUCAAAAAAGUUUUGUCUCAAUGGAAUUCCAUUACACUCGGUAAUGAUGAAUUACAUAAAAACAAUGUUUGAUGAAUAUCGGGACCAACCAAAAUUUGCAUUUGGCUUUCACGGAGAACUCUCACAUGAUUCUUAUAAUGAUAUUGGUGCUGCCGACGAAGAUAUUUAUCAGUGGCUUGAAAGUCUAAACUACAGUGGACAUUUGAAUAACACUAUUUUGAUUUUUAUGAGCGAUCAUGGACACAGAUUCGCAGAUAUCAGAAAUACUGUGCAAGGCAAACAAGAGGAGAGACUUCCGUUUUUUUCCUUUACAUUUCCACCCUGGUUCAAGGAAAUUCAUCCGCGGGCUUAUGAAAAUUUUCUAUACAAUACAAAACAUUUAACAACGCCUUUUGACAUUCACAAGACACUUGAGAAAAUAUUAGAUUUUGAUAAUCCUAAACUAGGUGACAAAGCAGAACGUGCCAUCAGUCUUUUUGACAAGAUUCCUUUACAAAGAACAUGUGCCGAUGCUUUUAUAGAACCUCAUUGGUGUGCUUGUCUUAAUUGGCAAGAAAUUUCAAUUGGUGAUCCAGCAGUGAUAGACGCGGCAAAUUAUUUUCUGAAAUUUUUAAAUUCAAUCACCAAAAAACACCGUAACAUAUGUGAGAAGCUACAACUCGGGGAUAUUUUAUGGGCUUCUAAGUUAUCACCAACUAAAGGUCUUUUAAAUUUUCAAAAGUCAGGAGAUCUUGAUGGUUUUGUUGGUGAUUUUACAUCGAAAACUAAAGUAAAAUCAGAAAUAUAUCAAAUAAAAAUAAAAACAGAACCUGGUGGUGGACUUUUUGAAGGAAGUAUAACCCAUAAUCUGAAUAAUAAUAAUAAUAAUAAUAAUUUUUCAAUGAAGAUAACAGACGUUAGUCGAAUAAAUAUGUAUGGUACGCAAGCAAGAUGCGUCGAGAACCAUUUGUACGAUUUGCGUAAAUACUGUUAUUGCAAAAACUAAUUUAAAAUUAGUAACAGUAACGUUACUAAAAUGUUGCUGUGCACAAAUGUGAUAUCAGAAAGUAUUGAAGUAUCUUGUAAUUAGUUGAUUAUUUAUGACUGAUUUUAUGUAUAGAAAUUUAAAAAUACUUUUUACAUACUACUCAUCGCAAAAAAUUUAACACCAAUACCCAGUUUAUUAAACAGAACGAUCUCUAAAUAUCAGCCAUAAUAUUAAGCAUAAGGUAUACAUCAAGUCAGAAUAUAUUUCACAAAAAAUAUUAUAUACAUAUUUUAUCAAAAAUAUUCAAAUAAUUCUUAUGAGUUUUUUUUUGUACAUAUAUAUUUAAUAGUAUUUAAUAUAUAUAAUAUAUGAAAUAGAUGCCAAACAUUUGUUAACCUUUUAAGAAUCAGACAAUUCAUUUUAUAGAGAAGUCGAGUUUAAAAAUUUACCACUACUUAAAAAAAUUAAAUUAUUUAUUACUCUUUAAUAGUUCAUUUAUUUUACAACUUUUAAAUUGUUUUAGCUUUUUAAAAACAUUGGUGACAAUAAUUAAAUAUAUAAUUAUUUUCAAAUUAUCAAAAACUUUUCCAAAUUUUCAAAAUAUGACAAAACUUUGUUAAAUUAUUUAACACUUAUUUUUAUUUUAGAAUUUCCGUCAAUUUUAAUUUUUUAAUCGUUUCUUUUUACAACUAGAGUUUAAAGUUUCUAAUUAAAUCUAUUAUAAUUUAUAAAUAUUAUCAAUUGUGAUAAUCACGUUUAAAAAAAUCAACAAAUAAAAUGAAAUUUAAGACUAAAAAGGGAUCAUAUCCACAAAGUAUGUGAUUGUAAAUAUUUAUUUUGCCGACACUCAUACUUCCUAUAAAGUAUCACAUGCUUGUGGAUGAGCUCUAAUGAAAUUUUGAAAUAAAUUUAAAUUAUGGCUAAUAGUCAUUUAAAAACACAUAAAAUCACGACAUUGGAAUAUUAUGUAAAUUAUAAAUGAACAGCAAAGUAUUAAUUUAGAAGAUUAUUAUAAACGUAACUAAGUGUUUUAAAAAUCAAACAGUACGUUUUAGCGUACAAACGCACAAGUAUUUAAAAUUGUGCUUAAAUAGCGUCAUAUCAGUAUUAAAGUAAUGAAAAAUUAAUUAUUUUAAUUAUGAUUCGAUCUUUUAAUUGCAGUAUAUUUUAUUUCUACAAUAGAAUACAGAAUAAACUUGCUACAAUUUCAAAAAAAAAGGAAUUUUUUCAUUUAUUGUUCAAGAAAAUAAGAAUUCGUUAAAUAAAUUGACCGACUGUUUCUCAUUUGCAUAUUUUCAUUGCUUUAAUGUUUAAUAUAUUAAAGUCAUAAUUAUAAUUUAUUAAUAACAAUGAUGAGGGUCGAUGGAGACUAUGUAAGGUUAAAAUUAAAAAUUUUAGAAGGUUUUACUGAAUUAUUCGAAUUUUUGUUAAGAAAAGAAUAUUCACAUUGAAAAAUUGCGUUCCACAAAGCCCGGUGAAAUUAAUAUUAGAAUCAAUUCAAUAUAUUUCGCAUAAAGUUGUUCAUUUUUAAAAAUUAUAAUUGAUUGCGUAUGUUUUUGAAAUUCGGAAUGUAAAUUGCAAAAAAUUUAAUUAUUAAAUUAAGACUUAUAAUCAAUAUAAAGUGCUAAAAAAUUUGAACUUUAUAUUCGGUCUGAGUUUCAAUUUAAUAUUCUAUUUUAUGGAAGGUAUAGUUAAUUGCUCUAAAAAUCAACGACUUUGUACAUAAUAUAGUAAAUCGACUCAAAUAUUAAAAAUAAUAUGUAAUAAUGUUUUGCCAUUUAAAUGUAUUUAGAAUAUUAUCAAAUGCCAAAUGUUCUUCAUGUAUAUGAAAUAGAUUAAUGUAAAACACAA